AUGUUCCAUUGCUAUAUAGCUAUUGUUUUUCUUGUAUUAUGCAUAACAUGUGACAUAAGAUACUUUUUACGAACCUUGUUCACUGUGCUGAGUGGUAGAUUGUACGAAAAAGUUUAUUUCUUGAAUGAUGUCACUACCAUCUACGGGCUUUGUACUUUUCAAGAUUGCGAUAUUUUCUUCAAGAGUAUACGGAUAGCGAGACUGGUAAGAGAAAUCGAUUUUGCCAGAUAUCAUUUUUAUGAUAGGACUGGCAUCUAUAAGAGAAGUAAGGAGUUAGGUAUAAAGUCCUUACAGGGAUCUACUUUGACGGUAACCAUGGAUCCGGUGCCCUUAUUUUCUCUUUAUAAAAUAAACACUAAAUUAAUUUAUUGGGAUGAUAGAUCACUAUUCUUUGAGCACGAAGUUAUAACACUGAGAGACGGUAAAGUAAGAUGUUUACUGAUAUCUCGACAAUAUGCUAUUGGACAGACCAAAGAAACAAUACCUGAACUUCUAAAAGGACUGUCUGGGUCUGAUUAUGUGCCAUCAAUUCCAAGACAUAUUGAGUGUUGGUUGGAAAGUAUGAGGACUUCAAGCGUUAAUCUUCGUAAAUAG